AUGGCCGCGCCGCUGAUUUCGCUCGUCUCCUUAUUCCUAGAGAAGCUUAGCAAUCUGAAACACGAGGAAGCGACGCUCAGCGGGUUACGGUCCGCGCUGGAGGAGCUCGAGAAGAAGAUCAACGAGAUCAGACACUUCGUCCCCAACGCAGAGACCCAGGCCAUCAGCGAUGAGUACACCCGCCUCUGGCUGAAAGAGCUGAAAGACGCGGUGUACGACGCAGAUGACAUCCUCGACGACUGCGCGAUCGCCGGAGAAAUGGUUUCGGUACAGCCGGAAACGUCCUCCUCGACCAACGAGGUACGCCCUCAUUUCUUUUCUCCAUCAUCUUUCACGAGUCAGACUGGAUUUCAACAUAAAAUGGAGAUGAGGAUAAAGAGUAUAAGCUCUAGGCUGGAGAAGAUCUCCAAAAAGAAGGCUGAGCUGCACUUGACGCCCACAGAUGAUGAUUUCUCAACGAAAGGCAACAGCUUUCAGACAUCAUCUCUACUCCAUCCAGAAAUUACUGGUCCUUCGCUUGAAUCACAGUUGAAAAAAUUACGGAGACUACUUGUGGGGGAUGAGAACGAGGGAAAGCUGAUAGCGAUCACAGGGAUGGGGGGAAUCGGAAAGACUACCCUAGCUAAAGCUACAUACAACGAUCGAUUCAUCGAAGCCAGUUUUCGCAUGAGGAUUUGGAUCUGCGUUUCCAAGUACUUUAACCAUAUUAAGAUAUUGAAAGAGAUGAUAGCGCAAGCAGGCGGGGACCCCCGGAUUGCUGACACUAAAGAACAGCUGGCCAUGAUCCUAAGCAGUCUCGUCAAAGGCAUGAAAAUUUUUCUUGUUCUGGAUGACGUCUGGAUUGCAGACGUCUGGGAAGAUCUACUCCGAGGGCCCUUGCGAGGCGCUGCCGUCGGCACCAGGGUGUUGAUAACGACUCGUCUCGGGUCUAUGGCGAACCAGAUGGGGGCUUCGCACUUUCAUCCUGCCGAAAGAUUGAAUGGUUUUGAAGGGUUCCACCUGUUGUACAAGAUGGUUUUCAGAAACGGGGAGGAAGAACAGUGGGGAAACCUGCAAGAUGUCGGCGUUAAAAUUGCCGAGAGAUGCAAGGGCGUCCCUUUAGCAAUAAAAACGAUCGGAGGGGUUCUGAGGUGCAAGGAUAAGAACAUACGAGAGUGGGAGGAUAUUCUCGAAGAUCCAAUAUGGUCUACAUCCGUCUUCCCAGACGAGGAGGAAAGUGUUAUGAAACCUCUUUAUCUGUCUUACAUGGAUCUACCCUCCAGCAUCAAACAGUGUUUUCUUUAUCUCUCCCUGUUUCCCGAGGACUUCGUGUUUCUGCGUCCCAGUGUCGUGCAGUACUGGGUUGCUGAGGGUUUCCUAAGACCAGAGGGCACUUUAACCAUGGAAGACGUAGGAACGAAGCAUUUCGAUGAGCUGACCGGAAGAGGUCUUCUGCAACCACAGUUGUCACCGAUAGAGGGGGCACUGUGCAAGAUGCACGACAUUGUGCGUUCUCUCUGUCAGUAUCUGGCUGAAGGUGAAUGCCUCUUCGGCGAGAUGCCCAGACCGAAAAGCAGGUCCGGAAACCUCCGCCGGCUGUCAAUCGCGGAUGGAGACGUUGCCGUAGACAUCCAUCUCUUGAAAAGGGAACAACGCCUGAGGACUCUCCUUAUCUGUAGCAACCCAUAUGGAGGGGUAGUUCUAAAACAGGAUGUUAUCGAAGCUCUUGCGUAUCUGAGAGUGUUAGAUGUCAGUGAGACACCCAUUGAGGAGCUGCCACACUACAUUACGAAACUUCGACACCUGAGGUACCUCAACGUCUCUACUACUCCCAUUGGGUAUUUGCCCGAUUCGAUAGGCGACAUGAAGUGCCUGCAGUUCCUGAUACUGAAGAACUGCAAGAAUAUCUCGUCUCUUCCCGAUGGCAUAACGCAGUUGAGAAAUCUGAGGUGCCUUCAGAUGAAUGAGGGACCUGUCAUCGACCAGAUGCCAAGGGGAAUCGGUGGGUUGCAUCAAUUGCGAGCUCUGAAUGAAUUUGUUGUGGACAAGCGGGAGGGUACUCUAAGAGAAUUGGGGCCUCUUUCACAACUCAGACUGCUGGUGAUCACCAAAAUGGAAAGGGUGUCAGAAAGAACGCAAGCCAGAAGUGCUCUCCUCGAAAAUAAAACCUCCAUGUACUUCAUAAGCUUCGAGUGGACCUUCCCUCCCGUAGAUACUGCGACUGUUGCCCAAAUAAUGAACAUUCCCGAUAUCUUUGAUGAGCUGUGCCCCUCACCCUCCCUGAAAAUGCUCAGCAUCGUUGGAUACCUUGGGCUCACCCUCCCUCGUUGGAUGUGGCGUUCAUCGUCCUCUAGCAUCUCUCCUAUCCAUAAUCUCACAUUGAUAGCCAUGACUAACUGCAUGAAUUUCUCUCAGCUUCCUCCACUUGGACUUCUCCCUCAUCUGAAGUUACUCUGGAUUAGGGGUUGCUCCCAGCUCGUAACUAUCGGAACCGAGCUCGCAAAUCCUUCUGUUUCCCCGCAUCCAUCUUCUUCUACAUCAUCUUCCACUGCAAAUGGUGGCUCAACUGCUAUUCUGUUCCCCAAGCUAGAAUCCUUUACUCUUAUAGAAAUGUGGAACCUUGAAACAUGGUCCUGGAAAACAGACAACCGGACAACCAUGAUGGUUUUUCCUUCCCUCAAAGUUCUGUACCUUGAGGACUGCCCCAAGUUGAGAUGCAUCCCCGAUAUCUGUUGGAGACGACUCGACAGCGUACACAUCUUCAGCUGCCCUUCAAUCCUGGAGGUGGGGAGUCUUACUGCUCCGGAAAUAUUGCAUGUAAGAGAUGACAGUUCGGAACACCUCCCGCCAUGGUUGGAGCACGUCGGUGUCGAUCCCACGGAUGAGGUGUCAUUCCUUCUCCUCAAGGUCCAGUUGAGUCUGCUCAGGAGAAUGUUACAACAGAGAGAGGGGGGCGGCAACGACCCAGACGAUGGCUGGAAUGUCGUUAAACGAUUUCCUCGUGGUUACGUUGUUGCAACCGACGAUGAAACAUUGUUUUUCUCCUACAACAACGAUCAAUCAUUCUUCCACACAAACGUGCAGGUAGGUCGUGAGGGCAUCUGUUAA